GCUGCGCGGUUUGUUUACCGAUUCAUCGGGAACGCGCCUCAGUGCAGAAUGGCUACGGGAGACAAUAGCGGUCGCGUUCCGUGUUUAAAUUUCACCGGACCCGGGCCGCUGGGCAACAGCCAGCCGAGCAACAGUCCUUACUCCUUAGCCGCGGGUCACAGAGAGUCCACCGGAGGUGGCGGGAGCUCUCAGGGCCCGACGAGACGCUCAAACCCCCAGCCGGGGCCUGCGGGCCUGGAAAUCCCCGGAGUUGCGUCGGGGCCUCCGCCUAAUCUGAUGAACGCUCUCCCGGCGGCGGUAGGGCCGGUGUGCGGGGCGAUGGCUCCGACCGCCUCUAACAUGACAGGAAACCCGAGUAACGCAGCGCUGACACCGGCGGCCGUCACGCAUUCCGCCGCAGCCGCUGUGCUCGUGUACCGGGAGCCCGUUUAUAACUGGCAAGCAACGAAAAGCACCGUAAAAGAGAGAUUCGCGUUUCUGUUCAAUAAUGAAGUCUUGAGUGACGUUCACUUUCUGGUGGGGAAAGGAAUGGGAGUCCAGCGGAUACCUGCGCACAGGUUUGUUCUGGCAGUCGGCAGCGCUGUAUUUGAUGCCAUGUUUAAUGGAGGUAUGGCCACCACAUCCACAGAGAUUGAGCUUCCUGAUGUGGAGCCUGCCGCCUUCCUCGCUUUACUCAAGUUCCUCUACUCUGAUGAAGUUCACAUCGGACCAGAGACGGUGAUGACGACGCUGUAUACCGCUAAGAAAUACGCUGUUCCAGCACUAGAAGCCCACUGUGUGGAGUUUCUCAAGAAGAACCUGCGAGCAGAUAACGCUUUCAUGCUCCUCACACAGGCUCGUCUCUUCGAUGAACCUCAGCUGGCCAGUCUGUGUCUGGAAAACAUCGAUAAGAACACAGGAGAUGCUCUGGCGGCAGAAGGAUUCACAGAUAUAGAUCUGGAAACGCUUUAUGCUGUGUUGGAGAGAGACACAUUGGGUGUCCGGGAGGUUCGAUUGUUUGGGGCGGCGGUCCGUUGGGCGGAGGCAGAGGCGCACCGUCAGCAGCUUCAGCCCACACCCGAGAACAAGAGACGCGUGCUGGCCAAAACUCUCAAUCUCAUCCGCUUUCCUCUCAUGACCAUUGAAGAGUUCGCAGCAGGUCCGGCUCAGUCGGGUAUUUUGACAGACAGAGAGGUUGUGAGUCUCUUCCUACACUUCACCGUGAACCCAAAGCCUCGUGUGGAGUUCAUCGACCGCCCGCGCUGUUGUCUGCGUGGUAAAGAGUGCAGCAUCACGCGCUUCAGUCAGGUGGAGAGCCGCUGGGGUUACAGCGGGACCAGCGAUCGUAUCCGGUUCACUGUAAAUCGCAGGAUUUUUAUUGUGGGGUUCGGUCUUUACGGAUCCAUACACGGACCUACAGAUUAUCAAGUCAACAUACAGAUUAUCCACACAGACAGCAACACGGUUCUGGGUCAGAACGACACUGGGUUCAGUUGUGACGGGUCAGCUAACACAUUCAGGGUGAUGUUUAAAGAGCCUGUGGAAGUUCUGCCCAAUGUCAAUUACACAGCCUGUGCUACAUUAAAGGGACCAGAUUCACAUUACGGCACUAAAGGGAUGCGUAAGGUCACGCACGAGUUGUCCGGUUCUGGAACCAAAACCUGCUUCACGUUCUGCUACGCCGCAGGCAAUAAUAACGGCACGUCUGUGGAGGACGGUCAAAUACCAGAAAUCAUCUUUUACACAUAAAGACUUCUCUCAGGGCUGUUUCCAUUGGCACAUACCGACUCUAUAGUGCACUUGACCGUGAUGCUGUUGCAAAUCUCAUGGUGGUCACGGGACGGACGGUUUAUCUUCAGGGGUUUGUGCGCUUCGUAACUGAUAGAAUAAAUAAGACCUUUCAACCUCAAAUUUACCCAACUGACUGUUAACAGGCCAAAACUUACUUACCAGUGACGUGUAAAAUACAGAUGUAACUUUAUUUUUAUGGAUCUUAGGUCGCAAUUACAAAUCUUGCCAAAUUUUCAUCUCUAUAUCAGAGAGAUUUGAGUCUAGAAGAGAAAUAUAUGCAAGUAUAAAGAGCAGAUUGUGUGAAUGUAAAGAGAAAGUCAUUUGGGAUGUCAUGGAUGGUCCGUUAUAUUCUGUUGGUGCCAAGCUUUCCUGAUAAUAUGAAAUGACUCUUCCUAAUGAAUUCAGCACUUAAUGUAAAUAUAGACGGUCCUUCCAGGAAACCUACAGUAUUUAUUUAGACAAAAUGAAGUAAACCUGAUCGUAUGCAUGCUGUUAUUGCAUCUGUAAACUUACACCUGCAGUUUUUUUAUUCUGGAUUGUAGAUGCUCGGUUAAAUUGCACCUGUUGUUACUCACUGACUUCUCAUGUCAAAUAAAAAGAAAUCUCAUUCUUUA